AUAGAAUCAAGCAAGGCCCUACACCAACGCAAAACACGGAAUCAGCGUCGCGGACAGCGCUUACUUUGCCGAGUCCUGAAGCCGCAGGGCCCCAUACGGCUGCUACAAGUAUUCAAGAAUGCACGGAAGGCUACGGGUGAAGACAACAGAGCAGCAACAGGCUGAGAAGCUAGCUGAAAGGCAGAAGAAAUUGGCCAAGUAUAAUGCGGGCACAGGCACUUCUUUUCAAAAAGCGAGAGGAGGGAGUGCACGAUGAGGAGACGGCGCUCCAGCUGUCGCAGAUCCUGGCUGUCAACCCCGACUUCUACACGCUCUGGAACUACCGCCGCGAAAUCUUCCUCACCUGGCAGAAGGAAAAAAGCGCCGAAUACCUGCAGGAUAUGCUGAAGUCAGAUCUGCAGUUUACCGAGCAAUGUCUGGGCGUCAACCCCAAGUCGUACUGCGCCUGGCACCACCGGUGCUGGGUGAUGCAGAUGAUGCCCCGUCCGGACUGGGCGGCCGAGGUUCAGCUCUGCGACCGUUACCUGAAGCUGGACGGCAGGAACUUCCACUGCUGGGACUACCGUCGGCUGGCGGUGGCCGGCGCCGGCCUGGCGCCGGAGCAGGAGCUGGCCGCCACCGACCGGCUGAUCGCCGACAACUUCUCCAACUACUCCUCCUGGCACUACCGCUCCCACCUGCUGACCCAGGUGUUCCCCGCGGCCGAUACGGCCACGCCCAUCCGCGAGGACAAGUACCUGAAGGAGCUGGAGCUGGUGCAGAGCGCGGCCUUCACCGACCCGGACGACCAGGCCGCCUGGUUCUACCACCGCUGGCUGCUGCAGGACCGCCGUCCGGCGGCCAACAUCGUAACCUGCACCGCGCUGCCCGGCGGACAGAUGGCGCGCGUGGCGGUGGCUCUGGCCAAGGCGUGCCGGCCCCGUGACGUGCAGCUGAGGCUGCUGACCGACCAGGACCCGGUCACCGACUGGCUGUCGCCCAGCGGCGAGGAGUUCGACACCGUCUGGGUGGCUCAGGUGCCGGCCAAUCACGGGCCGCUGGCGGUGGUUAUGACGUCACCCUCCGGCUCGGAGGAGCGUAUGGAGGUGGGAGCGGCGGCGGCGGCGGGCCGCUUCAGCAGCGACACCAGCGCCACCACCGGCAGCGUGCUCAACCAGGAGCUGGAGAACAUCUGGCAGCUGGGCGAAAUGGAGCCGGAUAAUAAGUGGGUGCUGCUCAGCAGCGUAGUGCUCAUGUGGGCCCUGGAUCCGCUCCAACACGAGGAGAAGAUACUGGAAGCCAUCGACCAGCUGAUGAAGCUAGACUCCCUCCGCCUAGGAUACUACCGAGAUCUGCGCAGCCGAUUUGUCAUCGAGAGGAAGAUCGAGGCCGCCCAGGAGUCAAACUCAACGCACCUCUGCCUCUCGUCCUGCCACCUGACGACGAUCUGCCACACCAACCACCUGGUGACCGUGCGGACGUUAGACGCGAGCGACAACGGACUGCGCUGGCUGGACCUGCGUCACCUGCUCUCGGCCGAGGAGGUGACGGCCUCUGGUAACCGCCUGGGAGAGGUGCUGCUGCCGGCCGGCCCGCUUUGCCGCCUGAGGCGGCUGGUGCUGGACGGCAACGACAUAGGUCAGGUCGGCGACCUCGUGGGGGAGGCAAACAGUCUGGAGGAGGUCAGCCUGCGUGGAAACCCCUGUCUGCGAUGUCCCGGGGUGGAGAGAGCAGCUGCUGGAACGGUUUCCGGGACUGAAGAGUGUUAACGGUGAGCCCGUCUGAAGGCAAACUACGGACAUCCGUAAGGCAUGGCUGGAGAAGGUAUCGUGCGUGAUGGCCUUCUAAGAAUGGGGUGCUAGAUCAAGGCAUUAAUUUAGAUGUGGUUUAUGUGCCGCUGAUUUUGGGAGUCGAGCGAUGCGUGUCCUGUGUUCGUCAGCUAUGAGCCGUAUCUUCAGCGUGUACCAUGGACGACCGGUGUGUACCGGGUGCGAGCGGACAUUGGUGUAGUGGAGUCACUCGGCAGGCUUGGACCGAUCGUGUGCUUCCUUUUUCCAACCGCCGAUCGCGGAAUACUUCGUGUUUAAGCUAAGCGUCUAGCUAUCGCUGUAGCUUUUUGGUGGACAUUGGGAGCUGGUGAAUGAUUGUGUUGUGUUUCGCAGGCUUGCGUAUUGCGGAGGCCUUCAUAUUCCUGCGUAUCAGCGUUCAUUUUCUAUGUAAUGGUAUCGUGUGAUAUGCACUCAGUGUUACGUUCUUGGUGCAGUUAUUCUCAAUACAUACACGCUA